AUGGAUUCCAUGGUUACGGUGAAAGAGCUCGACACGGUCAAGGCCGAUAUCGUAUCCCUGAGGAGCUCUCUCGUCCGCUAUUUUGAGGCUCAGGGGCAACAAGGCAAUGGCAAUACCCACCGCGUGGCACGCUCAACGCGGCAACGCCGGAAGGCCCUGGCCCAGAUCGAAUCCGAAACCCCAUCAACAACCGAAGGCCCAGAAAUGUUCUUUGCUGCCCUCGAUGCCAUCACGGACAGGGUCGACGCCUUCGGUGUCAGGGCAGCCCAAUUCGAGAAGCGACUCGCGGCCAGAGAGGCCAGAGAGGCGGCUGAGGCAACCGCGCGGGGAGUCGGUGACGUGACGGACGCUCCCAGCUUUGAACCCUCCCCAACCGAGACGGCACGUGCCCAACCAGAGUCCCGUGUCCAUGCAGGGGCUGCCACUCGUAGUGCAGCUAAUACGCCGCAAGCCAAUGGCACUACCACUGGCACCUCUGACACCCCUCCCGACACCGAGCCGUCCCGCAAGCCUACCAAUGAGCCUCUCCCCGUUGAGAAUACCACCGAGGGAGCCAGUGAUGACCCGUCUGGUCCAACCACCGAUGCCACGGCCAAUGGCGGCCACCCGGAGACUACCAAUGCAGCUGGUUCUGGCAAGGAGAACGGUGGCACUCACACCAGCGAAGACAACAACAUCAACCCCGAAUCUACAAUCGCCGGAGCCAAUGGGGACACAGAUGACGCCAACAACACUGAACUGUCGCUCAGCACAGCCGGCCCCACCACGGCGCCUCCUGCCACUGCCAAGCAAUUCCAGUUGCGCCCCUCACCGGCAAUCGUCCGCACCCGCGCAAAAGAGGCGGCCGCCCAAUCUAUCGGGUUUAACAGGGGAGACACGAUUGAGCACAUGGGAAUUAAGGGCUUCUGGGAAUGUACCGUCCCGACCGGCUCCGGGCAGAGUUACCACACGGUCCUGGUCCUCCUCCCCACCGCGGAACAGUACCUUGACACACCGGCGAUGAUCGAGUGCGCGACGCAGCUUGGAGUAGGCUCGUUGGGCGGAGCCUUCAAGAUCCGGCUCCCCGAGGAGCUGGUCCAGCCAAUUCCCAAGCGGCCAGCUGAGUUCGACAAGGGCAAGGCAUAUUCGUUCCGACUGCAGCAUUUGGCCGACGAUUUCUUCAGUCUAGAGCCCAGCCAGGUCGUGGUAAGAUUCAACGUCCCGAAGGUCGCCCCUCAGUACUUGACCAUACCAGAGGCACUUGAGAGAAUGUCGACGUUCCUUAAGGACACCAAUAACGGCAACGGCGGCCCUCUCAGCCAAGUCUACUAUCGGACGGAUAUACCCGUGGACGACGAAGACAGCCGGGCGCGCGCCGGCCUGCCCCCCGCACUGCCGCUCAAGGACAACCAGCUAGAGAAGACGCGCGUCAGGAUCCAGGGCAUCCACACCCGCCUCCUCUUCGAGGCAACCCAGCCCAAGGACCCCGCCUCCCCGGGUGCCCCGUUUGCCUUCCACAUCGAAGACAACAACACCGUCUCGCUCAGCCACCUAUACAUGGGCCAGAAGAUCUGGAUCUGCGUCGCCCAGCCCCACGCCCAGGAAGCAGAGGCCCUAUUCGGCGCCGCCGUCCAGAAAGGCGGGAAGCCAUGCAACGCGACAAAAUGCACGCAGUGGGUCCGGCACGAGGGCAUCUUCUCCGCUGAAGGCCUCGAGGGCGGCGGCGAGACCGGCAUCCCUGUCGUCUAUAUCGACCAGCGCGCCGGCGAGACGGUUGUCACGCUGCCUGGCACGUACCACGCCGGCUUCAGCACCAUGUACUCGCGCGCUGAGGCGGUCAACUAUGCGGCGCCUGGGUAUGACUUCACUAAUGAUGGCGUGCGAGAGUGUACUGGCUGCGUCGAGCCGCGGCUUAGGAAGAGGUAUUUCGCUGAGAUGGCGGAAGGGGAGGUCCAGGUUCCUCUUGAGGAGUAUGAAGAUAGCAGCGACGAGGAUGAGGAUGGGGAUGAGGAUGAGGAUGGUGCUGGCAAUAUCACGGUGGACAACACCGCGCAGGACCAGUCCAGCAAUACCGGCAAGACAGGCACGCAGCAGCAGAAGAAGACCGCGCAGGGUACCAAGGCAGGCAACAAGAAGACCAUCAACAAGAAGAAGUCCACCGCCACCAAAACCGCCAGCAACACCAGCAAGCGCCGCGCCCCCGCCACCGCCACCGACGACAACUCCCAAGCCGAACCCGACCCCAAAAAGGCCCGCCGCAGAGACAUCCACGAGCUCGCCGCAGCGGCAACGGGCCCCGCGGCCUUCCACCAGCUGCGCGACCUCGUGGCCGGGUGGCGCAUCUUCGAGACCAUGGGAGGCUGGUUAGGGUUCCCGGCUUGCAAGCCGGAGCAACGCCUCACCAUGCUGACGCGUGUGGUUGUACGGACGGAGGCGCAGGAGGGGUUCUUGUGCUUCGUGGGCCGCCUGGCGCAGGCGAAGCUGAUCAUGGAGCUGGAGGCUAGUAAGGAGGUUGGGCAGAUUCGCCUGGGCAGGGAUGUCACUGCUGCGGUGAUACGGGCUGCGAGGUGGGAGGUUAAUGCGACUAGUCGGGCGAGGCUGCAGAGGAUCCUCACGGCGGGGAGGAAGUGGCUCAAGGUGAUGAACACGACGGAUGUGCCGGGGUUGCUCUGCUUUAUCCCUGGGGGCCGCGCCAAGGAGGCGGAGUACCUAUCGAUGAUUGGGUCAGAUGAGGAGUAUGAGGAGUUUGUUGGUUUAGUCAAGGGAUAUGAGGGGAUGGUGCCUGGCGACGGCGUGUGCGUUGCUGCGCAUGUGUUCCUCUCGAGGGUUUCCACUAAUGGCGAGGUGCCGAAGUUCAAGUGGGAGGGCCUACCAGACAAGGAUGCUCCGGGCUACUUUGACGGGUAUUCGUGGACGGACUUGCAGGAUCUCACUCGUAUCAUGUGGCACGUCCUAUGAGAAAGGCAUGGUUAGUUAUUUCUAGAAGCACAGAAUGCCCGAGAU